AAACGUGGACGGCAUACGGAUGAUGGCUUAGUUUAGGCACAUGCUGUGAUUUACCCAUCGGCACCAAUAAGCACCGGUUCGCGGCCGCAUGUGCGCCUAGCCGGCUCGUCACGCAAUUAACAAUCUUGUACAGGGACCCGCUCGUUUACAUACGCGAUCGCGUUAGAGUGUGGAGGUGUGCGACGCCGAGGACGACCUGGGACCGUUAUGAGUCUUUUCGAGACCAGUCUUGUCCCAACGGCCGCCCGCGAACCUCGUUAUAGUCCGUGAAAAUCAUCAAUUUCUCGACGAUCGUCUGAAACCUUCGGAAAUAUAUUUUUUCGUAGAAUGAUAUAGAAAUAUCUCAGAUCAGAAGUGUUUGAACUUUUUUUAAGUCAUCUCAGAAUUGUCUGAAUAUCGAUUCUUUCGACUUGAAAUCUUUCAAGGUUAGUGUAAAACGUCUUACAUCGAUUUUGACAGUCUUAGGCUUUUAAAUCUUUUUCGAAUGGUUCUUGAAUUGUGAAAGUUUAUGCUAAAGAGUAAUAGCAAAUUUGUGCACUUUUAUAAAGUGGGUACUUGAAGAAAUUUUAUUUUACAUCGAUAAAAGAAAUAUUUCACCAUGAAGAUAUUAUGCAGUUUGAUGAUGGUAAUGAUACUACGGCAGGCUAUCGCUGGAAUCGUUAGGAAGCCGCCGGCCUUUUCAACACCAGUGUAUUCAAAUUCGUACCUCCCCGCUGCCAUGCAGGUAAUUUUUCAUGCGGUCGAGCAACUGAAACUGCUCCAAGCGGAAGAAAUAUCGCAGGUAGAGGUAGAGUUAGCAACUUCCUCAUCGAUAUCGACAACCCAAUCUAUGAAGAAGGAUCAGCAAUCGCAAUCGACGACGCCCGUGGGAAUUUCCAUAAUUUCAACUGCUUCGACCGCGAAAGUGCAUGACGAGAGGAUAGAAAGUCCCACGAUGUCAACUUCGACACUGGCGAGUCGAGGAUCAUCCAAGACUAACGACGAUCCGACCGAAGUCGUUCAACGCUUGGCCACUUCGACGGCGAGCGUUGUAUCCGAUCACAAAGAGACGCCAGAAGUGAACGAGGAGACGACCGAGAAGAAUUAUGAAUUACAGGCCACGCCGGAAACGAAUCACGAGUCACCGGAGCCCGUGCAGGAGACUCCGGAGUCGAAUCAGGAAAUCCCGGAGCAGAGCGAAGGAAAAUUCUCGAAUACUGAACGCUCCUUCCGCAAGGUAUCAAUCCAAACCCAAACUCCGCAAUACAACGAUGCGUCGCGACAACAAUCGACACAGGCUUCUGUCACGCAAGUGUCGGAUGACCAGAAGAAGAAGGAACCGACCGUCGAUAGUGUCGUGGAUGAAAUUUACGGAAUCGUGAAGACAACCACAUCCCUCUUCAGCGAGGAAUCGGAUGACACCGACGAGUCGAAAAGCGUGGAAAUAUCAAUCGAAAAAUCAGAAAAAAUUGAGGACGAAGAAGAAGACACAAGGUUCUGUUUACUCGGUGAAAGAGUGGCCCAAGUGCCGCGUCCAAGUUUGAAUCAUUACUUGAGGCGUUCCAAAAUACCGUCCAGGCCGUCUCUUCAGCAACUAGCGAACCUUUAUGACGCUCUGAGCAAAGACGCGCGGAAGCAAGGAUUCGCACGUUUUGCUGGCUACACGGACGAAGUCUUAAAGAUUUUGCACACAUCCGCCGAAGGUGGCGUCGGACCGCAGCUGAAGCAGCUGCUAGAGAAGGUGAUAGAGAAGAACGAGCUCACUAGAGAUGAUGCCAAGUUGAGAACGUCGCAGGCGCUGCGUGAUCUCGACAAUCCUGCCAGCGCGCUCAGCAAGGACCUGAGACGUUUGUUACCGUUGCGUUAUACGCUCUAAUUUUUUGAAAGAGUUGCAGUAUUCUUGGAAUUUUUAGAAACGAAAUACGAACAUUGUAAGAAAAAGUUUAUUUCCUUAUAAAAAGAAAAAGUAAUUAUAUCCAUAUAGAUCAUAGAAAGAUACUGAAUUUUCUAAAUUCUUAUUAAAUAAAAUAUGAAAACUUA